AUGGAAACCAAACCACCAAUGAAAUAUGAUGUUGUGGAGUUUCAGAAAGGAGAUGAAUUUGUAACACAUUCAAUGGUAGGAAUAAUUAAAUAUGACGCCUGUCUAUCCAAAUGUACAGUUGAAAACAUUCCACAUCAACUCUUCAAAGGUGAUGCUGUCAACCUGCUUCUCACAACUAGAGAUUCCAAAGGAAAUCCAACCAUUCCUUGCCAAGAAGUCAAGGUGAAGAUGAAAAUGCUCAAUGAUGCAACAUGGGAAGAUAUCGAUUUUAGCAACAAUUACAAUGGUACGAGUAGUGUGCAGAUUUUUGGGAAUAGAGAAGGAAAGCUUCUAGUUUCUACGACGAUUGGGAGCGAGCAAAUACCAGGAUCACCAUUUGAAAUUGCAGUCAUCAGUGGCCUUGUGCAGACAGUGGGUAAACAAGAAGGACGUUUACGACUUCCUUGGGGACUAACAGUAAAUAAACAUGGAGACUUUGUCACAGCUAACGGAGGGGCCAAUAGUGUCAGCAUCCAUGACAGAGAUGGACAUUACAAACAGUCAUUUACAUUUACUGGUCAGUUUGUCAAGCCAUUCAGACCAUGUGAUAUCGCAAUAUCAGAUGACAAAAUGUUCAUGUUAGAUGAUAAUAACAGACAUGUAGUUGUGAGUGAAGAUAAUGGAAAGUUUAUUAGGUGUUUUGGAAGCGUAGAAAUAGAUUGUCCAUGUGGUAUUGCAAUUAAUCCAGUUACCAAGCAUGUGUACGUGAGUGAGAAGAACAAGGAUUGUAUUAGGAAAUAUACACAUAGUGGUAGAUAUAUUAACUCAUUUGGAAGAAGAGGGACUAAACAGGGUCAAUUUAGAAAGCCAUUCUAUUUAGCUUGCAAUAGUAAAGGGGUGGUAUAUGUGGCGGAUAGAGACAAUGACCGUAUUCAGGUUUUCGGCUCCAUGGAUCAGUUUCUGUUUGAGUUCUCUUCCACUGGUAACAGUAGAAUUUCACACCCCCGGGGAGUGGCUAUAGAUAAAAAUGACUAUGUAUACGUAAGUAGUGAACACAAGGUCGUUAAAUAUGACACAUAUGGUCAGUUUAUUUGUAGGAUUGAUAGUGAUAAAGAUGGACUAAGUUAUCCAUUUGGUGUAGUAGUAUGUAAUGAUGGGAGAAUAGCCGUAGUAGAAAACGGCAAUAAUUGCAUCAAAGUGUUUGUAGAGUGA